GUUGUGACCACUGACUACUGAUCGACCAGUAUAACAAAUAAUUUAUAUUUUAAAAUUUCCAUUUGAUCAACAAAAUGAACAAAACCAUAAAUGUAUUAAGUGUCUUUAUAAUUAUUAUUUUAAUAUUUGAUAAAAUACACCAUUGUGAUAGUGAUGGACAUAUUAUUAAUCCAGUUCGAUUUCCAUUUGGAGGUCCAUUUAUGGGACUUUUUGUUGCCUUAGCUUUGCCAUUAGAAUUAGACAAUUACAACGUUUUUGUUUCCUAUAAUUUCGAAGGCAAUUAUGUGCUACCAGCAAAUGAUAGCGAGUAUGAUUACCCACCAAUCGUCGAGCGAUCGUUUAAUUUUGCAAGAAAGUUUGUAUACGAUGCGCUCGAACAUAAACUUGUCAAUCAUGGAUAUUCUGGCAAAGAAUGUCUUCUCCGAGCAAUCUGUGAAGCAUCAGAACAUUCGAUGGAAAAUGGCGGUGUUUUAGCCGAUAUUAUACAUAUAAUUCUUACUCCAUCCACCUCAAAAUCUGAAAGUCUCAAUGACUAUGAAAGUGCCGAAAUGUACGGCAAACUUCAUAAACAUUGCAAACGCUAUAAGAAAAAGUGUCCAUUUAGUGUUCUCAAUUUAAUAUCACGGAUAGAUAAGAUUUUAUGA